AUGGUGACAAGCACAACGAUAUCCGGUCAGGCGAAACCGUACUCAGUCCCAGUGGAAAGCAAAACGCUGCUCGAGCAUGGGAUUCUAGGAGGCCGCUUGCGUCAGUCUUUGCCUCUGGAGAGCAAGGAUCUCGUCAAAUACGUCAAGUUCGAGGGAUCAGAAAUUCCUAGUAUUGCGAUCAACUGGAGGUUGGCGGAGAGUGUGGCUUCCUUGAAAGGCCUAGAAGCAAUUCUGAUCAAUGCUCUCCUUGGGAGGAAGUAUAACGAAAGCCCCAAGGAGAUCACCAUCAACACCGAUCAUGCACAGCUCUUCUUCAUGUCGUCCAUAGUCCUAGAGGUCAACCCGGAUUUUACUACCCCUAUCUCGCCCACUCCAGUCCGUGACCUGACAGAAAAGUAUGCAAAGUACUUUCCAAACUGCGACCUCCAUCACAUGGCAUCAUCGCUGUACCGUCGAGCAGCGUACAACAUUUACAAGACCAAAGACGACCGCUGGUUCCACAUUCAUGGGAGUCUCAACCCAGACCCAUCGCUCGAGGGUGCUGGUCUUCCGAAAGACAUGCCCGAGAUCAUGACCGUGGAGGACUCAUGGACACCCUUCGUUGAACGUCUCAAAGAGAAAACCGCUGAAGAAUGGGAUUACAUUUUAGGAGAGCAGUUCAAAGAAGCUGCUACAAUAUGCUUGAGCGCUGAGGAGUAUUCUAACAGUCCCCAAGGACAGGUCAACUCUGCGGUCGAUCUGUAUCGUGUGACAAAGCACGAAGGGUCUCGGCAACCAGCCGGAUGGUGGCAGCCCACCUCUUUUACCAGCUCCAGACGACCUCUUGCAGGUCUGAAGAUUGUCGAUUUGACAAGAGUCAUCGCAGGCCCUGCAAUUGGUCGAGGCCUGGCGGAACUUGGCGCCAGCGUGAUGAGAGUGACUGCUUCUCACCUUCCAGACUUCUCAGGUCUACAACCUGAUCUAAACUGGGGCAAGUGGAACUGCAAUUUGGACCUCCGUAAGGACGACCACCGACAACAGCUCCAAAACCUGAUCCUCGAGGCGGACGUCGUCAUAAACGGCUAUCGGCCAGACGUGUUUGUGAAAUACGGCUUCGGUCAGGACCAGGUAUUUGAGAUGGUCCAAAAGAGGAACCGCGGCAUCAUCUACGUUCGGGAGAACUGCUUUGGAUGGGACGGUCCGCUCUCCCACAGGAGCGGUUGGCAGCCGAUCAGUGACGCUCACUCGGGAGUCUCUAUUGGUUAUGGACGGGCCAUGGGAAACGAUGAAGCCGUCACUCCGGUCUUCCCCAACUCUGACUACUGCACCGGGAUUAUUGGAACCUGUGGCGUUCUCCAAGCUCUCAUGGAGCAAGCGCUUCAUGGCGGUUCUUACUUGGUUGACACAUCGCUCAACUACUAUAAUCAGUGGCUUGCUCUCAGAGUUGGCGAAUAUCCUCCGGAUGUAUGGGACGACGUGUGGACGAGAAACGGAAGACAGGUAUUCCGACAUUACCACAGCAUGAACUAUACCAUCCCACGCUACAUCGAAAUGAUGCGGAAAGAGAAAACCGUGCUCAAUCUCGACUUUUUCGAAAAGCGAACUUCCGAGGCUUUGAAUGGACUGGUUUUUAGAGUGCCUAAGCCCGUCCUACAGUUUCCUCCCGAUACAGUACAGCUGGGCUAUAAUGUUGGUACUCGGGGUAAUGGAGUGGAUGAGGCAAGAUGGCCAGAGGACUUGUUGACCGAGGUUGUCAAGUAG